AUUGCAAAUGCCAGACGACCGCAAGCCUCGGCUCACCGCGCACGAGAGCCCGACCGCAGCGAGUCGCCUGCUUCUGGCCAAGCUACCGGCGCUGCACGAGGCCUUCCGACCGACAUGGUUCCUUCCGAACGGGCACUGCCAGACCAUUAUGACACACGGUCUCAAUGUCGUACCGCGCAAGGUUGUGCACUAUGAGCGCGAGCUCGUUCGUUUGGUGGACGGCGGCACGGUCUCGCUUGACUGGGCAUCGCCCAAGCCACGGCCGGCGAACCUCGCCACCCUGCUUGACGACCGAAGCGCGCCGACGAUCGUGCUUAUGCAUGGUCUGGGCGGUGGCAGUCACGAGUCGUACAUUCAGCUCACAGCCAAGCGCUGUCUUGUCGCCGGUUUUCGCGUUGUGGUCAUGAACGCCAGGGGUUGUGCUAAAACUCCUGUGACGACACCCAAGCUCGUGUGUCCGGCCGUCACAGCGGACGUCAAAGAGGUCGUCGCCCACCUCCGCGCCACUUCUGCGCCAGCGCCAACACCGUUGAUUGCCGUCGGGUACUCGCUCGGCGCCAAUAUAUUGCUCAAGUAUGUGGGCGAAGCCGGUCAUUCGUGUCCGUUGACGGCCGCGAUUUCGGUUGCAAACCCGUACAAUCUCGAGAUGACCACCGCGCAUCUCGCCACGUCGUGGUGGCACCGACAGAUCUACAACAAAGCGCUCACCAGCGGCCUUGUCAAGCUCAUUUUUAAAAAGAGCAAUGCGCACACCGUGCUGCGGACCGAGGCCUCUGUGAAUCUCACGCAGCUCAAGAAGGCACGCAUCUUGGAAGACUUUGAUCGCGCGUACUCGUGCCCUGUCUUUGGCUACGAGACGCCGAUGGACAUGUACAAAGACGCAUCAUCGGCAGCUUACAUUGCGGGGAUUGCGAUCCCGACGCUGUGCAUCUCGGCGCUGGACGACCCGAUUUGCCCGCGCCAAGCCAUCCCAUACGACGUCGUCAAGGCGAAUCCGAACGUUUUGCUCGCGGUCACGGCGCACGGCGGCCACUUGGGCUACUACACGCGCAACGCCCUCGACACAUGGUACAUCAAGGCCGUCGUGCAGUUUGCGGUUGCGGUUAAGCCCACGGUUGAGGCAGACGACGACCUACACAUCGUCUUGACACCAUGAGACCCUUUAAAACACAAAUAAGAGUUGGCGACAAGCAAGAUACCA